CCCCAACCCCCCUUCCCCGCCCAGCGCCGCCCCAGCUCCUGCCCUCUUUCCUCCUAAGCUAUCCUGCAUUACUCAACUCAGCUCUCCCCAGUACACAAUUGCUUUCUUUAGCACUUGUUCUCAGAAUCAAGACCCAAAGUGUGUGUUUCCUGCUACCUCACCUCUGUCCCAGCUUCCUAUCCUCUCACCUCCCACAUUUGCACACCUACUAUGCACCAUGGAGACCUGCACAUUGGAUUGGGCACAGCACAUGGACACUGUGCAUUGGGUCUGUAGGUUCCCCUGUGUUCUGGCAGGAACACAUGGAGCUGUGAUCUGAGCUGGGGUCUUGGGCUCCUGGAUGGGAGGGGCUACUGGCCUGGGAAGACUCUGGCUAUUCCUGGCCAGCUGUUGUGUCCUCCAGGUGUCCAAGGCAGCUGCACUCCUCAAAGGGAGCCUCUUAGGACUUGGUUUGUGUCCGUCACUGUGAUAACCUUUUCCUGAUAGCCAAAGUACACAUCCCUAGGAUGGUGGCCAUUCUGAUAACCUCAUACUGGCCUUCACCUCCAAGCCCAAUACUUUCCUCCUCCCUUCCUCAUCCUGUGCCUCUACUCCUCCCAGGUAUUGUCUCUUUCUACCUGGGCAUGCCCCGGAAUCCUUGCCUGUGUUCCCGGGGAGCCCCACCCAACCCUCCAGCAAGGCACAGAGGUAAAAUAUGACCGUUUAAUCUAAAGGUGCCACCAAGCCCUGGUAAGUGGGUCACACCAGGUUUUGCUGUGGGAGCUUCCCUCUAUCUGUGCCACCAUGUCCACCUAGAGUUUCUUGUCCUAUCCCAGGAUUCUGCCUCCUGCAAUCAGCUCAGCCUGCACUGCCCCAUACCUUAGUGCAAACUCUCAAAGUUACCAAGGGUCAACCAUACCAGUGCCCAGUAGCCCACAGCCACCUCUGGCUCAGGAGUCCUUCAUGGAUACCCCAUUAAGGUAGGGGGCUUAAUUCAGCGCCUUGAGAUGAAGCACACCCAUUUUUCUGAAGGUGACACUAAGCCCUAAAAUUAUGAAAUUAAUAUGACAGAAUGCAAAACACCCAGCACCCAGCCAGGUUUGGCCCUGGAAGGCCCUCCCCCAUACCAUGCAAGCCACCUGCCUUUGCUCCCAGGUAGGCAGUAACCCACACAGGUGCACUGUGGGCGCCACUCAGGAUGCAAAGGGCCAGCCUGACCUGGGAGAAAUGGACCAUCCCACACCUGUGUGUCUGUGAGUACAUGGUAUGCACACGUACGACCUUGGCUCCAGCUCCAUAAAUACUGGACACGUGGAGAGAAGGCCGCCUAGAGGCAGACACUCACCAUGGGGCGCCUGGAGGUUCUGUUUCUUGGCCUCACCUGCUGCUUGGCAGCAGCUUGUGCUGCAAAGCUAGGUGCUGUGUACACAGAAGGUGGUUUCGUGGAGGGCGUCAACAAGAAGCUCAGUCUCUUGGGUGGUGACUCUGUUGACAUCUUUAAGGGCAUCCCCUUUGCCACCGCCAAAACUCUAGAGAAUCCCCAGCGUCACCCUGGCUGGCAAGGGACUCUGAAGGCCAAGGACUUCAAGAAACGGUGCCUACAGGCUACCAUCACUCAGGACAACACCUAUGGUCAAGAAGACUGCCUCUACCUCAACAUCUGGGUCCCCCAGAGCAGGAAGCAAGUGUCCCACAACCUGCCUGUGAUGGUCUGGAUCUAUGGAGGCGCCUUCCUUAUGGGCUCUGGCCAUGGGGCCAAUGUCCUCAAAAACUACCUUUAUGAUGGGGAAGAGCUCGCCACUCGGGGCAAUGUCAUCGUCGUCACCUUCAACUACCGUGUGGGACCCUUGGGUUUCCUUAGCACCGGGGAUGCCAACCUUCCAGGUAACUUUGGCCUUCGAGAUCAGCACAUGGCUAUUGCGUGGGUGAAGAGGAACAUUGCAGCCUUUGGGGGGGACCCCGAUAACAUCACCAUCUUUGGGGAGUCUGCUGGAGGUGCCAGUGUCUCUCUGCAGACCCUCUCUCCAUACAACAAGGGCCUCAUCCGGCGAGCCAUCAGUCAGAGUGGUGUGGCACUGAGCCCCUGGGCCAUCCAGAAGAACCCACUUUCCUGGGCCCAAAGGAUUGCCGAGAAGGUGGGAUGCCCCACAGACGAUACCAGCAAGCUGGCUAGGUGUCUGAAGAUCACAGAUCCCCGGGCCUUGACACUAGCCUACAAGUUACCCAUGACAAGCCAGGAGUACCCCAUUGGGCACUAUCUGGGCUUCACCCCUGUUGUCGAUGGAGACUUCAUCCCUGAUGACCCCGUCAAUCUGUAUGACAAUGCCGCUGACAUUGACUACUUAACUGGCGUUAACAACAUGGAUGGCCACCUAUUUGCUACUGUUGAUGUGCCAGCCGUGGACAAGACCAACCAGGAUGUCACAGAGGAGGAGUUCUACAAGCUGGUCAAAGGACACACUUUCAGCAAGGGGCUUAAGGGUGCCCAAACCACCUUUGACAUCUACACUGAGUCCUGGGCCCAGGACCCAUCCCAGGAGAAUAAGAAGAAGACAGUGGUGGCCUUUGAGACUGACAUCCUCUUCCUGAUACCCACCGAGAUGGCUCUGGUCCAGCACAAAACCCAUGCCAAGAGUGGCAAGACCUAUUCUUACCUGUUUUCCUACCCUUCACGGAUGCCCAUCUACCCCAAAUGGAUGGGAGCUGACCAUGCUGAUGACCUCCAGUAUGUCUUUGGAAAGCCCUUCGCCACUCCAUUGGGCUACCGGGCCCAAGACAGGACUCUCUCCAAGGCCAUGAUUGCCUACUGGACCAACUUUGCUAGGAGUGGGGAUCCCAACAUGGGCAACUCACCCGUGCCCACACACUGGUACCCUUAUACAUUGGAGAAUGGCAACUACCUGGACAUCACUAAGACAAUGACUAGCAAUUCCAUGAAGGAGCACCUGAGGACCAAGUUCCUGAAAUACUGGACUGUGACAUUCGAGGUGCUGCCCACAGUGACUGAUGACCAAGACACCCUCCCUCCCCCUGUGGAUGAUUCAGAAGCUGCCCCUGUGCCCCCUGUGGAUGAUUCCCCAGCCUCCCCUGUGCCCCCAACAGACGACUCUCAGGCUGCCCCUGUGCCCCCAACAGACGACUCUCAGGCUGCCCCUGUGCCCCCAACAGACGACUCUCAGGCUGCCCCUGUGCCAGACGACUCUCAGGCUGCCCCAGACGACUCUCAGGCUGCCCCUGUGCCCCCAACAGACGACUCUCAGGCUGCCCCAGUACCCCCAACAGAUGACUCUGUGGAGGCUCAGAUGCCUGUCAUCAUUGGCUUCUAAUGUCUUGUAAGCCUUGGUCCCAGGGUCCUCCUCUUCUCAGCUUUCUCAAUAAAGCCUCAGCU